AUGUGCAAUGGAGUGAACCCAAUGGCGUUGGCAUUGAAACCUUCGGAUGCCCAUCCCUACUUUGCUCAUCGCUUCCAAGACGAGGAUUACCAUUUUGCAUUUGUUGAAUGGUACAAUCCAUCUCGCCAUGCUUGGCCCACUCACCAUAUUUAUGGUUUAUCCGCUUGUCAGGCCACCACGCAACCGAUAUCAAUGCUCUCGAUCAUCCCGGUACAUUAUAUACAUAGUGUUGUGUCUCUCAGCAAUCUUGUUGAUGACCACCUUCUUGUUAAGUAUCUACCUCGCAAAAUAAAAUCAGAGUAUUAG